UCCCUCCCUCUGCUCGGCUCCACCCCCUCCUUCACGCUCAUCUCGUCCCUCCACGCGCUCCUCCUCCGCCUCGGCUUCCUCUCCCACCACGCCAUCUCCCUCGCGCUCCUCAAGCCCUAUCCUCUACCGCACACACAAACCCUGUUCGACGAAAUGCCUCAGCAGAACAAGUGUGCCGUCGGCUACAACACGCUCAUCUCUGCCUAUCUGAAAGCCAAGGAUCUCUUCGCCGCACGCCACCUGUUCGACGAAAUGCAGCAGUUCAAGCGCUCCAGGAGAAGCGUGGUUUCCUGGAACGCUAUGAUCGCGGGGUGCGCGGGGUGUGGGAGGGACGACAUGGCAGUGCGGUAUUUCGAAGACAUGGUGCGGGAGGGCGAGGUGGUGCCAGAUGAUGGGACACUUGCCGCGGCGCUGCCUGCUUGCGGGAGGACGGGGAACGCUGGUGCCGGGAGGUGGGCACACGAGUACGCAUGUAAAACAGGUAUUUUAGAUAGGUCCGUGCACGUUGCAAAUGCGGAGGUUGAUAUGCAUUGCAAGUGUGGUGACCUUAGCAGCGCCACAGAGGUGUUCCAAGGGAUGCGACAGCGGAGCGCGGUGAGCUGGAACACGAUGAUCUCAGGGUUUUCGUUGAAUGGACAAGGGAUUAAGGGAAUCGAGCUGUUCCAGGAGAUGUUGAGGUCCGGAGAGGCUCCCAAUGCUGUGACUUUCCUGGGGGUGCUUAGUUGCUGUGCCCAUGCUGGGGCGGUGGAUAUUGGGCAGGGGAUCUUCCAGAGUAUGCAGUCAGAGCAUGGGAUUGAGGCGGAAAUCGAACACUAUGGGUGUAUGGUAGAUUUACUUGGAAGGUCCGGUCUUCUCGACAAGGCGCAUGCACUGAUUCAAGAGAUGCCAAUGGGGCCUAAUGCUGCAAUAUGGGGAUCGCUUCUAAGCGCCUGCCGUUCCCAUGCUGGGCUUGGCAUUGCCGAGGUAGCUCUCAAAGAGCUUAUUCGUCUGGAACCUUGGAAUUCAGGGAAUUAUGUGCUGCUGGCCAAUCUUUAUGCAGAAACAGGACGAUGGGAGGAGGCAGGGGAUGUGAGGAAACUGAUGAGGAGGAUGAGUGCGCAGAAGGCGCCAGGGCAGAGUCUAAUAGAAGAACCAAGUUCAAGUUGA